AUGGCGGCCAGCGCCACGCUUUUCAUGACUCCGGAGGAGAGCCGGCGGGUUCAAAAGACGGCCCAGGAACAUGCACAGAAAUGCCAGGAGAAAGCUGGCCAGCCUCGAGAGGCUGAGGAGACAAAGGCACUCGUCCAGCAAGCCGUUGGCAAAUCUGUGAUGGAUGAUUUUGCGGCCGCAGCGCUGGAUCUGGGAACAAUGUCAAAGGACAAGAGCGAUGAUACUAUGCCAGCAUAUACCGUUGGGCGUUCAUAUUUGCCCUGCACAGCGAAUCUGGUGGAUCUAGAGCCCAUAAGGAUAUCGGAGCUUCGUAUGGAAACGCACCAUCGUGGUCGAGUGCUUUCACUUCGCCGUAUCUCUCCAGUGGUCAAACUUAGGUUAUCUAGCUGGGCUAUCGUACAGGAAGCAGGCUCAGAUGAAGCAGACAGACUCGAGCUAUCCCUUCACAACACAAGGAAUGGCGAAGAUAUGCUGGAUUCGGCCUCAGCAUUCUUGAUUAAGGAGCCUUAUUAUACCCUUAAUACUAAUGAUGAACCUGUGGUUCGCGUCGAUCACCCCUCGGACAUGGUCAUUACGACUUACAGUGACAACCCAUCUUCAUGGCGUAAUAACACUGGAGACAAAGACUCUGCAUCUACUACGUCUAAAUCGGCUACCCAGUGCAAAGAAGAGGGAAAUGCUGCCCUCGGGAAAAAAGAAUACUGGAGAGCUCACGCCUGCUACUCGGAGGGAUUGAAAUUAACUGCAAAUGACGAGGAUAGCACAUUGCGUCAAGAUAUUUAUCGAAACCGUUCUUAUGUCAACCUUCUUCUCCAGCGUUUUGACGAGGCAAUCUCUGAUGCAUCUACGUCCCUUACCCAUGGAACCGAAGAGGAACAGAAAACCCUAGAUGCAAAGGCGUAUUCUCGUGCUGGUACUGCAGCAUACAGUCUAGGCGACUAUGAAGCAGCCAAGAGCUUCUUUGAGCAGCAGGAGAAACUCCAGCCUGAUGAUCGCCUGGUCAAGAUUAACCUGAAAAGAAUAAAAAUGCGAGUUCAGGAGAAAGAAUCAGGCAUAUAUGACCUAAGAAAAGUAGCAAACAGUCUUACAAAAUUGCAGGGCCGAGCCGAUGUUACAAGUUACCAUGGAUUCACUGAGAUAAAGGAGAGUCCAGGAGCGGGUCGAGGCCUUUUUGCAACUCGAGAUAUCGAAGCCAAUGAGCCAGUCAUGUUCGAGAAGGCGUUCUGCAUUGUCUGGAGCCAUGAUCCGGAGGCAAUGACAUGUCUGACUAUUGAUGUCAGAGACAAUGCCACCAUUAGAGUCUUCCCAUCCGGCUUACACAAGGCUGUGGUACAAAAAUUAGCGAACAACCCUUCCCAAGUUGAGCGUGUGUUGUCCCUCUACGGAGAAUAUGAAGGACUCGGCAACAAGCUUCGCGAAAGUGACGGUAGACCAGUACUGGAUACAUUCCAACUCCACGAUAUUGUCCAGCGCAACGCUUUUGGACCAGGACAGCAGACUGAACACGAAGAUGUCAGCAACGCUAGUACUGGGCUCUGGGUUCGAGCAGCAUACAUAAAUCACUCCUGUGUCCCGAAUGUCAAGAAAGAGUUCAUCGGUGAUUUGAUGAUUAUCCGUGCCACCCGUCGAAUUUUAGCAGGCGAGGAACUCACGCACUGCUACGAUGGGACUAGUGAUUAUAGCACCAGGAUAGCAACCAUCGAGCGAACAUGGGGUUUCAAAUGCCAGUGCAAGCUCUGUGCUGCCGAGGAAGCUGAUGGCAAGGAAAUACGCCAGAAGCGAGCAAAUCUUGAAAAGGAGGUGGGCAACUUUAUGAAAAAGGAAGACGCACAACAGCCAAAGAAGAUUGCUAUCAUCAGGGCCAAGCGCCUGCGUCAGAGUAUUCUGGACACUUAUGACCAGCAGAGGUACAAGGACCUACCGCACACAUCGCUAUACGGAAUUGAACAAUGGUUGCAGGCAGCCCGCGCCUUGUAG